AUGGAGUAUUUGUUCAAAAGAAGGAGAAUCCUGAAAACUUGCAUCACUUUGUCUUUGCUGUUUGCCACCCUGGUGACCAUUCAUAAACUGAAACUGGUGGAGGAAGGGGCCAAGGGCAGCCUGGCAUUCCACACCAGAAUCAUGCACGAGUGGCUGCAGCCAGACAACGGCUCCUCUAAGAGGAACAGAGAUGGGGUGGCUAGUUCUAGAAUUCCUGAACCCUUGGACUUGCCACCACCAAGGUGGGACAUUAAUGAAAGCAAAUGCCCUGAAAAUACAGCUUUAAGGAGGCAACCGUGGUUCAAGCACGUGGACCCAAGAUUCCACCAGUUCAUCCUCCGUAGGCAUUGCAGAUACUUCCCGUUGCUGCUCAACCACCCUGAAAAGUGCCAAGGAGACAUCCAUCUACUCAUAGUGGUCAAGUCCAUCAUUGAGCAACAUGACCGACGGGAAGCCGUGAGAAGGACCUGGGGGAAGGAGAAGGAGGUAGACGGCAAGAAAAUUAAGACUCUUUUCCUCUUAGGGACCACAUCUACUGGGAAAGACCACUGGAACCUCCAGAGACUUAUCGAGCAGGAGGACCAAAUUUACGGAGACAUCCUUCAGUGGGAUUUCAUGGACACCUUCUUCAACUUGACUCUCAAGGAAGUGAACUUCCUCAAGUGGUUCCACAUCUACUGCCCCAACGUGGAAUUUAUUUUCAAAGGCGAUGACGAUAUUUUUGUGAACACCAAAAACGUUUUGGAUUUCUUGGCCUUCAAGAAGGACGACCCUUUGUUGCCCAGCUUGUUCGUAGGAGAUAUUAUUUCCCGAGCCGUUCCCAUUAGGAACAAACAAAGCAAAUACUUCAUCCCCAAAGAGCUCUACGACAAACCGUACCCGGUGUAUGCCGGAGGCGGGGGCUUCCUGAUGGCUUCUCCUCUAGCCAGGAGACUCUUUGUGGCCUCCGAGGGCAUACAGUUGUUCCCCAUCGACGACGUGUUCCUGGGACUGUGCCUGAAGUCGGUGGGAGUGGAGCCCAAGUUACAUCCGGGGUUCAGGACAUUUGGAAUUAGUAAGAAAAAAUCGAGCGCCAUGAAUAAGGACCCUUGUUUCUACAAGAGCUUGUUGGUGGUCCACAAGCUGAGCGCGCAGGAUCUUCUCAACAUGUGGGAGGUUGUCCACCAUGAAAAAAUCAACUGUGGUAAAAAGGUUCACUUUUAA